GUUCUAAACAGUUCUAACUGAUACAGAGAAACCAGUAGCAUGAUAAUAUAUAAAGGAAAGAAACAGAGCAAAACGUUUGGUUCAAAAUGGAACCGUAUGAUGAAAUUGAGACAAAUGUUAAUAUUAUCAAUGAAAGACAGCCACUAAGAGUAACAUAUAACAUCAACAGAAAGGUGUACAAUGAAGAAGAAUUCGAAAAAGAUCAUGACCGAAAGACUUAUUCCCCAACCAAUAAGGAUAUUGAGAGGCCUCCAAUUGGGCGAAAGAUUCAAUGCAGAUUCUCAUGUGCACGGUUCAAAAACAUACUCAUUAAGAUAUUUCCCAUUCUAAACUGGAUUUGUUCAUAUCGUGUCAAAGAAUGGAUUCUAGGAGACAUACAUUCUGGCAUAAAUGUGGGCAUGGUGCAGAUUUUUCAAGGACUAUCAGGAAUAUUGUUAACUGGGUUACCACUACCAGUUGACAAUACUUUUUAUUCUGCAUUUUGCUGCUCUUUAACGUAUGUCAUAUUUGGAACAUCACACCACAUAUCAAUUGGUUCUUUCAGCAUUCUGAAUGCAAUGGCAGCAAACUUUCACAGCGCUCUUAAUUUCAACAUUAGAUUAUCAGGUAAUGUCAGUCUGGCCAGUUUCUCCGAUGCAGCUUUUAUGAAAAAUUAUAUGGAAGCAUUAACUUACACUGCAUCUACAACAUUUCUUGUUGGCAUGAUUCAGAUGCUUUUAGGUGUUUUUGGCUUGGGAUUUGUCACAAUGUAUGUAUCAGAAAGUCUCAUGAAUGCUUACCUCACCGCAGCAGCACUGCAUGUUAUUGUAUCCCAGCUUUCUUUCAUUUUUGGAAUCGUAAUUGACUUUCAUUCAGGCCCUUUGGGAUUUUUUUACAAUUUGACAUAUUAUUGCAUGGGCCUUCCAAAAGCAAAUUCCACUAGUAUACUGCUCUUCUUGCUUUCUUUGCUAAUGCUGAGGGUCAGUAAAUGCAUUAAGAUAACUUACAAACAUUACCCUGUUGAGUUUCCUAUGGAGCUUAUUUUGAUUAUUGUAUUUACCAUAAUUUCUACUCAAACACGCCUGUAUGCUGAAUCCAGUAAAGGAGUUUUUACAAUGUCUCCACACAGCUUUCUGCAUCCUACAUUGCCAGACGUUUCAAAAUGGAGCAAGAUUGCACUACAUGCUACAUCACUGGCAAUAGUGAGCUAUUUCCUUCUCAUUUUUGUGGGAAAGAAGUAUGCAAAUAUUCAUAAUUAUCACAUCAGGCACACCCAGGAUUUAAUGGCAAUUGGGUUGUGCAAUGUCUUCAGUUCAUUUUUUAAGAGCUUUGUUGUCAGCUGUGCUAUUUCUACAACUGUUAUUCAGGAGAAGACAGGUGGAAAAACUCAGCUUGCAGCUCUGAUUGGAGUCUCCUUAAUGCUUGGGGCUGUACUAAAAUUGGGAUACUACUUCCAGUUCCUUCCUAAUGCUGUUUUAGCAGCUAUUAUACUGGUCAACAUGUUCCCAUUUCUUGAGAAAUUUAUGGAUAUCCCUUUCUUGUGGAGACAAGAUAAAUAUGAUUUUGGAAUUUGGAUUGUGACAUUUCUAUCUGUACUCUGCCUUGGUCUGGAUAUAGGCUUGGGAAUUGCUAUGGGAUUUGCCUUUUUCAUAAUAAGUGUCAGGUCACACAGAAUGAAGAUGUUGACACUAGGCCAGAUUCCAAACACCAAUAUUUAUCGUAGUUUUUCUGACUACAGUGAGGCUGUAGAGAUUCAAGGGUUAAAAAUAUUCCAGUGCUGUGCCUCCAUUUCAUCGGCAAAUAUGAAACAUUUCAAAGCCUACAUUUUACAAAAGAUGAAUAUGAAGGCAGUGCCCCUGGAUGAAAAUGAGAUGAGAGCUUUGAUCUCAGUCAGUAUGUCUAACGUUAAAGGACAGAAAAAGGAUUUAAACUGUGUCUGUGUUUGUGACCCCCCUGAACCAUUACCCAGGGUUCCUUAUACUGAGAAACUUCUAAGGCGAGUUCUUCCAGCUAAUGAAUCAUUCUCUUCUUCUUCUUUGGCCUUGGUACGUUGGACAAGAAAUGCUAAUAGAUAUCCUUCUGAUACUGACUAUGUGGAAUCUGCAGCUGCCAGAGAUAGGGCAGCAGGUCAUGAUUAUGUAAAGAGGAAAGAAAAUUUUAGCAGAUUAUGGUCUUGCUCUGAACCUCCUUUAACAAGAUCCACAACUCAAUUGUACCCACCUGAUUCAGAUUCUGCAGUAUAUGUGAUACACACAAUUAUUUUGGACUUCAGCAUGGUGCACUUUGUUGAUUUACAAGCAUCUUACUUACUACGAGAGCUCUGUCAUGCAUUUCAGAAUAUUGGCAUCACAAUCCUGGUAGCUGCAUGUCAUCCCACUGUAAUAAGAACCUUUGAAAAGAUGGAUUUUUUUGACCAUUGUGUCACUAAAGCACGAUUCUUUCCAAGUCUACACGAUGCAGUACUUUAUGCUGUGGAGCCAGAUCUUUUGCAAGAGACAGUGCCAGUGGAAGCAAGUAUAGCCCCUGAUGAAAUCUUAGCUGAUGUGCAUUUAGAUGACCAAAAGGACAAAAGGAGUCAGCAUUCAGGCAGGAGUCGGCAAUCAGACAGGAGGAGUCUGCAAACAGAUGGAAUCAGAGAUUGUAACUCGGUGAAAACAGUUCAGAGUGACACUUAUAUUGAUGAGCCUAUAUCAGAUCUUUUCCGCACCUUUUCUCUCCAGAGUGACAUAGACACGAUCCCUCACCAUCAUGAAACAUCUCCCAUGGAGGAACAUGAAGAUGAGCAAGAUUGGGAGGGGAAAUGGAAAUAUUCCAAUGAGGUCUAAGUUAUGAAUGCUAUCAGAAUUUAGCUACAUAAAAGUGUCACAGAUGUGGCAUAGAAGUAUCAUAAUUCAAGUAUUUUUGACUGAGUAUUUUUUGUCUUUUGAUGUUUAAAUUAAUGUUGUUAAAAUACUUAACCAUUUUUGGUUGACUUUAUGGAGGAAACACUGCAGGGUUUACAGAAUAUAGAAAUGCAUUAAUGGUAGAAUACUGAUUAGACAAUGGAAUUAGCUGUAAAACUUGGUCAUCAGUUAAAAUGUAUAAUUUCCAAAGCUUUUCAAGGCAUAUAUGCUCUGCCUUUUGGCAUGAUUCUGAACAUCCAUUCUACUUCUAAAAUGUACAUGAAAGGGGUUAUCUCAUAACAGUCUUUCAUGAUGCUGAAUGUGAGGUACUCAUUAAAGCAUGUUUUGCCUUGUACCAUUGCAUGAAAAAAUGAACAAUAAGGCCACAAUCUAAAAAAAGUAUGA